AUGCCAGGACCAAUCCAACACACCGCCAGCUCCACUUCCUCCUUCGCUGCGCAGCUGGCGCAGCUGAAGCAGCUUCAAGAGCAGCAGUCCGAGCUGCUCAAGGAGCUCAUGCAGAAAGCGGAAGAGCAAGACAACAUCAUCACCGAGUACAAGGAGCGCACCGCCCGCCUCGAACGCGCCGCCGAAGUCUCCGAAGCCCGCCGCCGCGAAGCCGUCUCCCACCUCCUCAACCUCCGCACCGCCCACCAAGAGGCCUCCAAUGCCUUCGACCUGCGCACGAGGGACAUGCAGGCUGACGACUUCGAGAGCGCGAUCAUCGCCUGGGGCACGAUGGUCGGCACGUCCAGGAACCACCAUCAGCAAGUCCUACGCCACGGCCCGCUCCGCCCCGCGAGCGCUCAGCCUGUCACCCUCUACGCUGGACAUGUCCACGGAUAUGGACCUCACCUCCCGCGCCCGGCGUCCCAGGCUCCCGAGCUGGGCGUCCCGAUCGGCUACGCGUACCCGGGGGGCUACAACGAGUACGGCUACUGCGGGGCGCACAAUGCGCCGUAUCCGUGCCGCUGGUGCGGACCCUUGGGCCGUUGA